AUAUUUUACUUAAUGAAUAAGAUUUGCGUGGGCUUGUGGUUAAAGUACUUGGAGCCCAAGCAAACGAGUCUAUAAAUAUUCCCCAAAUCAGUCAGUUGCAACAAACAAACAAACAAACAAACAACCUUCUACUACUUUUUCAUUAACCUUACCACACACACACACUUUCAGUGCCAUUCCUAAACUUCAUUGCUCAACAAUGGCCGCUGUCACUCUCGUUGGCCCACCUGAGAUCUACACUUUCAAAUCAACCACCACUGCUGUUGCCGUCCCCACUCCAACAACACUAACUGAAACCACAAACAACCCCUUCCUUGAUCAAAUGGUUGCAAAUUUCAAUUCCACCCAAAUGGGUCUCACAGAGAACAUGUCACCAACGUUUCUCUCCACAGGUAACCCUUGUCUUGACUUUUUCUUCCAUGUUGUUCCCAACACACCAUCUGAGACACUGGUCGAGAGACUACAACUAGCAUGGUCACAAAACCCACUAACCACCCUCAAACUUGUCUGUAAUCUCCGUGGUGUCCGCGGUACCGGAAAGUCUGAUCGUGAAGGCUUCUACUCCGCCGCUCUAUGGUUUCAUGAACAUCAUCCUAAAACCCUAGCUGUCAAUGUUCCCUCCCUUGCUGACUUUGGUUACUUCAAAGAUCUCCCUGAAAUCCUUUACCGUCUUCUAGAAGGUUCUUCAGUUCGCAAAACGCAAAAAGAAGAGUGGUAUCAAAGGAAAGUCGGAUCCAAAAACAAACGUUCGGUAACAUCAUUCCCUUUUGGUAGAAGAAAUACAAACCAAAAACAACAACGCAAGAAGGACAACAAAGGAUGGAAAGGCACAGAAAAAGACUCUUUGAUGACUGAAGAAACGCUGGCCCGGGCUAAGGCUCAGAAACAAACCGCUCAUGCUUUGAAAGAAGAGAAGAGGAUUGCAUCGGCUAAGAAGCUUGUUCAACGAUAUACCAGCGACCCUAAUUUUAAGUUACUUCAUGAUUCUAUCUCUGAUCAUUUUGCUGAUUGCUUGAAGAAAGAUCUUGAGCUUUUGAAAUCUGGGUCGCCCACAAAAAUCAGUCUUGCAGCAAAAUGGUGUCCUUCCGUUGACUCUUCCUUUGACAGGUCAACGCUUCUCUGUGAGACCAUUGCAAAAAGAAUCUUCCCUAAAGAGGAGUAUGAAGGUGUGGAGGAGGCUCAUUAUGCUUACCGGGUUCGCGAUCGUUUGAGGAAGGAUGUAUUGGUGCCAUUGCGGAAGUUGUUGGAGUUGCCUGAGGUGUUCAUUGGGGCUAAUCAAUGGAAUUUGAUUCCUUACAAUAGGGUUGCUUCUGUGGCCAUGAAGUUGUAUAAGGAGAAGUUUUUGAAGCAUGAUAAAGAGAGAUUCGAGAAGUACUUGGAGGAUGUGAAAGCGGGGAAGACUACCAUCGCGGCCGGUGCUUUACUUCCCCAUGAGAUUAUAAAGUCUUUGGGAGAUGGAGAUGGUGGGGAAGUUGCCGAGUUGCAGUGGAAGAGAAUGGUUGAUGAUUUGCUCAAAAAAGGAAAGAUGAGGAAUUGUCUUGCUGUGUGUGAUGUGUCUGGGAGUAUGUAUGGGAUCCCUAUGGAGGUGUCCGUGGCAUUGGGAUUGUUGGUGUCUGAACUCAGUGACGAACCUUGGAAAGGGAAAGUUAUUACUUUCAGUGCCGAGCCUCAGCUUCAUUCGAUUCAGGGGGAUAAUCUCAAGUCUAAGACAGAUUUUGUGAGGGACAUGGAUUGGGGAGGGAACACUGAUUUCCAGAAGGUGUUUGAUCGCAUAUUGGAUGUGGCUGUAAAUGGGAAUCUCAAGGAAGAUCAGAUGAUUAAGAGGAUCUUUGUAUUCAGUGACAUGGAGUUUGAUCAAGCAUCUAUGAACCCCUGGGAGACUGACUAUCAAGCGAUCACUAGGAAGUAUACAGAAAAAGGGUAUGGUUCUGCUGUGCCUCAGAUAGUUUUUUGGAAUCUGAGAGACUCAAGGGCCACCCCGGUGCCAGCCACUCAGAAAGGAGUGGCACUCGUAAGUGGAUUUUCUAAGAAUCUGCUGACAUUGUUCUUGGAUAAUGAAGGUGAUAUAAGCCCUGUAGAAGCCAUGGAAGCUGCCAUCGCUGGCCCCGAGUAUCAGAAACUAGUUGUGCUUGAUUGAUUUCAUUCUGUAAAUUAUAGUUUAAUUUUAUGCAACGGUUUUAACAAUGUCAUUGAUCAAUAUUCCGGCUACUUGGUAUCCAUUGUAUUAAGUGAGUAAGAAAUUUUUUAUUGAAUGAAAAUGAGCAAAACUUACAUACAAUUGCAUAUA